CACAGAUUUUUCGCCGCGCCAACGAACACGUCGGGGUAUUGUCGAACUCUGCGGAAAAAUGAAAAUUAACGAAAACAACACAGCGCGCGCAUUUUUAUGACUUUGAAUAAAAUUGUGGCCAAAAUGUGGUCAAAAGGUGUGCGAUAAUCCAUGUAAAAUAACAGUGUAAAUAAAAAUAAAACGUCAAAUAAAAAAAAAGUGUAAAUCGAAAAAAGUGCCAAACCAACAAAUGUGGCAACAAUUUGGCCAUUUCUGCGUGUAUGCUGUUGUUUGAGCCAGGGCCCAAAACAAUCGACAACAACAACAGCAACAACUACAGUGGAAAAUAACUACACAACAAAAAAAUACGAAAAUAAUAUCUAAAAGAUUUACUUAACGACCAAUAAACCACCAACCAGACGCGAUGUUCAAGUGCAUUCCAAUCUUCAAGGGCUGCAACCGGCAGGUGGAGUUCGUGGACAAGCGCCACUGCUCCCUGCCCCAAGUGCCCGAGGAGAUACUACGCUACUCCCGUACCCUCGAGGAGCUCUUUCUGGACGCCAAUCACAUCAGGGAUUUGCCCAAGAAUUUCUUUCGAUUGCAUCGCCUGAGAAAGUUGGGGCUGAGUGACAAUGAAAUUGGACGGCUGCCGCCGGAUAUACAAAAUUUUGAAAAUCUUGUCGAGCUUGAUGUUUCACGCAAUGACAUACCCGACAUUCCCGAUGACAUCAAGCAUCUGCAGAGCCUCCAGGUGGCGGAUUUUAGCUCGAACCCGAUACCCAAACUGCCAUCGGGCUUCACACAGCUGAAGAACCUUACGAUCCUGGGGCUCAACGACAUGUCGCUCACCACAUUGCCAGCGGACUUUGGCAGCCUCACACAGCUCGAGUCGCUGGAGCUGCGCGAGAAUCUGCUCAAGCAUCUGCCCGAGACAAUAAGCCAGCUGACGAAGCUAAAACGCCUCGAUCUGGGCGACAACGAAAUCGAAGAUCUGCCCCCGUAUCUGGGCUAUCUGCCGGGGCUGCACGAGCUCUGGCUGGAUCACAACCAACUGCAGCGUCUGCCCCCAGAGCUGGGGCUGCUGACAAAACUAACGUACCUCGAUGUCUCCGAGAAUCGGCUGGAGGAGCUGCCCAACGAGAUCAGCGGACUGGUUAGCCUCACGGACCUCGAUCUGGCACAGAAUCUGCUCGAGACCCUGCCCGACGGCAUUGCGAAACUGAGUCGCCUGACCAUCCUCAAACUGGACCAAAAUCGAUUGCAGCGAUUGAACGAUACCCUGGGGAACUGCGACAACAUGCAGGAGCUCAUCCUAACAGAGAACUUCCUCUCGGAGCUGCCGGCCUCCAUUGGGCGGAUGACGAAGUUGAGCAAUCUGAAUGUGGAUCGGAAUGCCCUGGAGUAUCUGCCACUGGAGAUCGGGCAGUGCACCAAUUUGGGUGUCCUCAGUUUGCGCGACAACAAGCUGAAGAGGCUGCCCCCAGAGCUGGGCAACUGCACCGUUUUGCAUGUGCUGGAUGUGAGUGGGAAUCAGCUGCUGUAUCUGCCCUACUCCCUGGUCAAUCUGCAGCUGAAGGCUGUGUGGCUCUCGGAGAACCAGUCGCAGCCGCUGCUCACCUUCCAGCCGGACACGGAUACGGAGACGGGCGAGCAGGUGCUCUCCUGCUACCUGUUGCCCCAGCAGGAGUACCAGCCCAUUACACCAGACUAUCCACCCACGACGCUAUACAGAUCAAGCGAAAAAUUCGAUUCAAUGGAAUUCUUCAGUUAUCAACAGAAAGCACGCGAUCUGGAAUCGGAUUCGGAACCGUUCGAGGAGCGAGAGCCGUCGCGCACGGUGGUCAAGUUCUCGGAGGAGGCCACCCAGGAGAAGGACACGCCCUUCGUGCGCCAGAAUACGCCGCAUCCCAAGGAUCUCAAGGCCAAGGCGCAAAAGCUAAAGGUGGAGCGCAGUCGCCACGAGGAGAAUGCCAAUCUGGUGACGCUGCCAGAGGAGAAUGGCACUAAAGUAGCGGAGACACCAACCGAGACCCGCACCCUGGCGAAUAAUCACCAACAGGCAACGCCACAGCCAGUGCAGCAACCGCUCGUUGGUGUGAAUUCCAAGCAGACCUCCUCGAACAACAGCAUUCCAACAGGUGCCGGUGCCCCUGCAGCACCUGCCGCAGACAACAACAGCAGCCACAACAACACGAAGGCGGCAACAGCAGCAGCUGUUGUUGAGAUUGUGGCUGCAGCUGCGACCGUGGCUGCCUCCGAAGAUGUGCCCGACGAUGAAGAGCAGGAAGAUGAAUUCGAAUCCGAUCGCCGUGUGGGCUUUCAGGUGGAGGGCGAGGAUGAUGACUUUUACAAACGUCCACCGAAACUACACAGAAGGGACACUCCCCAUCAUUUGAAGAACAAACGCGUUCAGCAUUUAACCGACAAGCAGGCCAACGAAAUACUGGCCAAUGCCUUGGCCACCCAGGAGCGCAACGAUACACCCACAACGCCGCACUCAUCAUUGGGCAAGGUGACAUCGCCCAUAGAGGAGGAGGAGAAUACCGAUGUCGAUUCCGAGGAGCAAGAGAGGUCACAGCAUCCAUUCGAUGUCUCACUAUCGCCCAUACCCAUACCCACAGGCAAGACAAAGCAGGCAGGGGAGCAAGAUAACUUGGAUGGCGUCACAGAGCUACGUUUGGAGCAGUACGAGAUCCACAUUGAGCGCACGGCAGCGGGACUCGGCUUGAGCAUUGCCGGUGGCAAGGGAUCCACACCCUUCAAGGGCGACGACGAUGGCAUCUUCAUAUCACGCGUCACCGAAGCGGGACCCGCUGACAUGGCGGGCCUCAAAGUGGGCGACAAAGUGGUCAAGGUGAAUGGGAUUGUGGUCGUCGCCGCGGAUCACUAUCAGGCGGUGCAGGUGCUCAAGGCAUGCGGUGCCGUUCUCGUGCUGGUCGUGCAGCGUGAGGUGACGCGUCUGAUUGGACAUCCGGUGUUCAGCGAGGAUGGCAGCGUGUCACAGAUCUCUGUGGAGACGCGUCCCUUGGUGGCUACAGAGGUGCCACAGUUACAGUCACAGCCGCAUCAGCAGCCGCAGCAAGAGCGAUACAUUCCAGCGCCCAUCGAGAUUAUGCCUCAGCAGCAUCAACAGCAGCCUGUACUCCAGCAAAUGGUGGCUCCGGCGCAUGGCUAUUCUGCUAAUGUGUUUGCCACGCCCCCAGCUGUCCAAAGCAUCGUGGAGCCGAUUGCUGCUGUGGCCCCCAAUGGCCUGCUACCGAAUGGCAGGGAUGCUGCACAGCUGAGCUACAUCCAGCUGCACACGACGCUGAUACGCGAUCAAAUUGGCCAGGGACUGGGUUUCAGCAUUGCCGGUGGCAAGGGCUCGCCCCCGUUCAAGGACGAUUGCGAUGGCAUUUUCAUAUCACGCAUCACAGAGGGCGGACUUGCGCAUCGCGAUGGUAAAAUCAUGGUGGGCGACCGGGUGAUGGCGAUUAACGGCAACGAUAUGACGGAGGCACAUCACGAUGCGGCCGUGGCCUGCCUCACCGAACCGCAGCGCUUUGUGCGGCUCGUCCUGCAGCGCGAGUACCGCGGCCCCCUAGAGCCGCCGACAAGUCCGCGCAGUCCCGCCGUACUCAACUCGUUGAGUCCAUCCGGUUAUCUGGCCAAUCGACCAGGCAACUUCCAGCGGUCUGUGGGGGGCGAUGCCAGUUACGUUGAGCAGCCGUACAAGUACAAUACAUUGGCCACCACCACCCCCACACUUGCAUCCGCAACUGUGGCACCUGUGGCAGCCAACAACAAUAACAAUACGCUGCCAAGCAGCAAAACGAAUGGAUUUGGUGCUGCUACAGCUGCAUCGGCCGCCGGCACAGCGAUAGUGUUGGACAAGAUGACGGGUCAGCCCGUGCCCGCUCCGAGGCGCACCAAUUCCGUGCCCAUGGGGGAUGUAGAGAGUGCGGCGCCCAAUGGGGCGGCCUCCACCGCCAGCGGGGACUCGGGCGAGGCUCAGCCCUCCUCGUUGCGACCGCUGACCAGCGAUGAUUUUCAGGCGAUGAUACCGGCACACUUCCUCAGCGGCGGCAGUCAGCAUCAGGUGCAUGUGGCACGGCCCAAUGAGGUGGGCGUCAGCGCUGUAACGGUGAAUGUGAACAAGCCGCAGCCCGAUCUGCCCAUGUUCCCGGCAGCGCCCACCGAACUGGGUAAAGUCACCGAGACCAUCACCAAGUCCACGUUCACGGAGACGGUGAUGACGCGCAUCACCGACAAUCAGCUGGCGGAGCCCCUGAUCAGUGAGGAGGUUGUAUUGCCCAAGAAUCAGGGCUCUCUCGGCUUCAGUAUCAUCGGUGGCACGGAUCAUUCCUGUGUGCCGUUUGGCAAUCGUGAGCCCGGCAUCUUCAUUUCACAUAUUGUGCCUGGCGGAAUUGCCUCAAAGUGUGGCAAGCUAAGGAUGGGAGAUCGCAUACUGAAGGUGAACGAUGCGGAUGUGUCCAAGGCAACACAUCAAGAUGCGGUUCUGGAGCUGCUGAAACCCGGAGAUGAUAUCAAGUUGACCAUACAACACGAUCCACUGCCACCUGGUUUCCAAGAAGUUCUGCUGAGCAAGGCCGAGAACGAACGCCUGGGCAUGCACAUAAAGGGAGGCCUUAAUGGACAGCGCGGCAAUCCCGGGGAUCCCUCCGACGAGGGUGUGUUCGUCUCCAAAAUAAACUCCGUCGGCGCCGCCAGACGCGACGGAAGGCUUAAGGUGGGCAUGCGGCUGCUGGAGGUUAACGGACACUCCCUGCUGGGUGCCUCGCAUCAGGAUGCGGUCAAUGUCUUGAGGAAUGCCGGCAACGAGAUCCAAUUGGUCGUCUGCAAGGGCUACGACAAAUCCAAUUUAAUUCAUUCCAUCGGCCAGGCGGGCGGCAUGAGCACCGGCUUCAACUCCUCUGCCUCCUGCAGCGGUGGCAGUCGUCAAGGGUCGCGCGCCUCGGAAACGGGCUCGGAGCUCAGUCAAAGUCAGAGCGUAUCCAGUUUGGAUCACGAAGAGGAUGAGCGACUGCGACAGGACUUUGAUGUGUUUGCCACACAGAAGGCGGAGUCCGUAGUGGAGCCAACGAGUCAGACGGGUCUGGCAGCCGCUGCUGCCUUGGUGCAUGGCGCCCCAUCGCCCAUACCGCCCACCACACCUACGCCGCCAGUGGCAGUCGCUGACUUGGCACCGCCAUUGGACGCGACAGCCGCACAGACCGUGGCGCUCAUUCACGCAGAACAGGCCCACCACCAGCAGCAGCAGCAGCAACAACAGCCCCAGACGCAGCUGGCGCCGUUGGGUCAGGAGAAAAGCACCCAGGAGAAGGUGCUGGAAAUUGUACGCGCCGCAGACGCCUUCACCGCCGUGCCACCGAAAUCCCCGUCCGAGCACCAUGAACAGGAUAAAAUACAAAAGACGACGACGGUUGUCAUAUCGAAGCACACGCUCGACACAAAUCCAACCACACCGACAACGCCGUCAGCACUCCCUCCUAUUGGCUCUGCAUCGGAGUCAGUGACCGCAGUUGCCCCUGGAGCUACCGCUACCGUUCCCACUCCCGCUCCAGUGCCCGUUGUGGCUGUGCAGACACAAACUCCCGCAGAGGUGAAGGAGGAGGAGGAGGAGCUGGUGCUACAGCAACGUGGAACCCAGACGCCCGAACGCCUGGCCCCAGGUGCACGUUUCUCCUACCAGCAGAUGCUGGAGGAUCAGGAGGAGAGCCGCACCAGUGCAAAGGCACCCCAAGCGAAGCCCAAGAAGGCCGAACCCGUCUACAUUAUCGAUGAUGAGGAUGACGACGAUGACGACGACGACGAAGGGGACGAAGAUGGCUCGCGUCAGCAUCUUGACGACAUAGAUGCCAUCGAAGAGGAGGACGAAGAGGAAGUCGAGAGCUCUCCGCCGCUGGACCUGCAAUCGCCGCCUUCCUAUGCGGAAUCCGACUCGGAUUGCCUCGAUCGUCGCCGUGGACGCUACACCAGUGACUCGGAGAGCGAUUGUCGACCGUAUAAGCCAUCGCGAUCGGGUCGCAGUACCCCAGAGUAUGGUGGCGGGCAUCGCAAAUCCGUGAGCUUCGACCUCAGCGGCGAUGAGCGCUCCAGAUCGGACUACGAACGUUCCAGGUCACGAACACCCGAUGGCUAUACGCGGGCCUACGACUCCGAGCAGGAUAAUCGGGGAAAUGCGCGGAACCGCCUGCCGCGGAAGGGCAUCCUACGGGCCACCAGCCCGUGCUCGUCGACCAGUUCCACCCUUGAGCGCCGACCGGAGAAGGUGGCGCCCAUUGUACCCACUGUGGCACGCAUCAGGGAGGUGGAAUCCCCGCAGCUGCAGCGGGUGUCGCGGGCCACUUCGCCGGAUCGACCCGGGGAACUGGAGCGGGAUAAUCCCUUCCGCCAUCCCCCAAUCGAGGACGAUGAGUACACGCAGAUCGCCAAGGCAAUGAACAGGUCUCCGCGGUCACCCCGCUCUCCACGCGAUCAGUUCUUCUUUGGCGCCGCCCGCUCCAGUGAGGAUCUCCUCGAGCAAUCACUUUCCAGUGGACGCAGCACCCCCAACACCGUGAUAUCCAAGUCGACGGAGAACCUGACGGGCACGCGGCCAAAGGUGCCACCCAAGCCGCAGGUGAAGAAGGCGGAUCUGGUGCGUAACGUGGCCCUGGAGACGUUCCAGGCCAGCGAUGUGGGACAGGGCGACUUCACGGUGUUCGAGCACGACGCCAACACCAACACCAUCCAUCCCGUGGGGGCCAAGGUGCCGGUGUGCGUGUCGACCAAGACGCCGCCACGGCCGCGUGAGAGUCCACCCCCGCCGCCCGUCAAUUACUCCACCCUGCCAAAGAGUCCACUGCCCAGCCCACUGUCCAAAGUGCCGACAGUGCUGGAGGAGUCGCUGUAUAUGGAGGCGCUGCCACCGGCGCCUCCCUCGCACCGCCGUCCCCACGAGUUUGUGCACGAGAACUCGCCGGACAACAUUCUGGUGACGCCGCAGGAGCAUCGCGAGUAUCUGCUGCGGGAGAACGAGCUGCGGAACCAGCUGCGGGCGCCCUACGAUCCCGCGCCGCCCAUACCCAUUGCGGGCAGGGCCAGUGGGAGCGGCGGCUAUGCGGUAACGAAUCCUUUCCUAGAUAGUUGCGACACUGACAUUGACAGCCUGCCACUGCCACCACCGCCCACACCGCCCACCGAACAGGCACCACAGCCACUGCUACACCACUACCACCACCACCUCCACCCCACGCGUCAUUUGCAUGAGCCGCCUGCGCCACCACUAACCGCUGUCGCCACUAACGCAUCAACGUCUCCAUUUUCUUCCUCCGCUGACGGCCGCCUCCUGAUGGAUGUCGCGUCGCGUUCGCCGCAACAGCUGCUGGUCGCCGGGUCGCCCACACAGAUCUUUCCCACGGCCCAAAUACUGCCCGUGCAGUAUGCGAGUCUCCCGCAACCGCAACAGCCGAAUACGCUUACAUUGACACCGUCUCAGAACCAGACACAGUCCCAGACCCAGUCCCAGUUACAGCCCCAGUCACAGUCACAGUCACAGUCCCAGUCCCACCUCCAAAGUUCUCCCCAAACGCAGCCCAUUUUCAACUUUGUGCUGCUGCCCGGCGACCAGGGCCAAGUGUCCUCGCUCUACCUGCAAUCGGUGCAGUCGCAGCCGCAGUCACCUUCACCGUCGCCCGCCCAAAAAUCGUCAACACCCGGCGGCCAGGAGGCAGAACCCACACCGACACCGACACCCAAUAAAGUGCCUAAAUCGGUAUCCGAUAAAAAACGCUUCUUCGAAUCAGCCAUGGAGGAUCAGCACAAGCCCACACAAAAGACAGAGAAAGUUUUCUCAUUCCUGUCAAAGGACGAAGUGGAAAACUUGCGACAGGAGGAGGAGAAGAAAAUUGCAACAUUGCGCCGUGAUAAGAAAUCCCGAUUAUUGGAUGCAGCCAAUGACAACAUUGACAAGAACGCUGCCAGUCAUACCGAUAAGCGCUAUGAUAAUGCCGGCAACAGCAACAGCAGCGGCGACGAUGAGGAUGAUGAGGAUGAAGAGGAUGAAGACGACAACGACGACGACGACAAUAGCGACCAGGAGGCUAACGCACGGGUGGAUGACGUUGACAAUGCCGCAUUGGGGCGUUUCGAUGAGGCGGAGGACAUGAGAACCGCACAAAGUCUGGCGCCGACAAUGCCGCACGCCCCCAGCAAAAUCAGCCAAAUCAGCAAAAUCCCCAAGCAGAAGCAGAAGGAGAAACCAAAACCCAUCAAAGCUGCCACGGCACCUGCCACGGCAACUGAUCCGCCCAAGCCCUCGCUGCUGCCGAAGCCAAAGGUCAAAGUUGUCAUUCCGACAGCACUGCAGCAGCGGCUCAAGCAGCAGCAGCAGGAGAAACAGCACCAGCAACAGCACCAGCAACAGCACCAGCAACAGCACCAGCAACAGCAGCAAUCCCAGCCAGAGGAGCCCACCAUACCCGAGGAGGGGCAGCCUCAGGAGCAUGAGGAGCUGGGGGCGACAUCACCCACCAGCAGUCGCAUACCGGUGCGGUUCAACCUGAAGGCUGAACGCCGCGCCCUGGCAGCGGCCGCUCGCCAAUCGGGCCUGGGUGUCGACGAGUACAUUAGGCGGCUGGAGGAGGAGCGACUCCAGGGCGAGUCGCCAACAACGCCAGAGUCACACUCACCCACAACGCCCACGGGCAAGAGCCGGGCCAUGAUUAACUCUGAGAAGCGCGCCUCCUGGAGGGCAGCCCGUCUCCGGUCGCUCGAACAGGGCGCCGUCGAGGCCCAGGAUGUCAUCAAGAAUAUGCGCAAAGUGACCGACGAUCUGAUCACGCACGAGUCGAGGGCCAGCGAGCACAAGAAUUAAUACGAGUCGCAGCAGCAGCGGUCUGAAGUAUUAACGAUGAUAUGAUUCUGAUCCGCCUCUCAGCAUUCCGACUGCCCGCAUUUUUUUGGGGCGUACACUCCUCUAAGUAGUUGUAUCCAUAAGCAAAGCGAAACGAAUGGAAACACAAAUCAAAUAUCGUAUAUCGUGUAUCGUAAAUAAUAGUGAAUAGCAAUCUGUAAGUGCGUCCAUCGUCCAGUUGUAAUCCCUAGCAUGCAAACACCAUGCAUAAGCACAACCGAACGAGUGUGAACUGUCGACAUCCUAAUGCGAUUUAAGUUUCAACUUUGAUAUACAUAUGUAAAUGUAAAAAUCUUUACAAGCAAUUUUAUGUAAUACCUUUGCUGAUAUUUAGUGUGUAAACUCAACUUUUUAUUGAACCGAAACUAAGAGAAAAAACAAACAAACGAAAAACGAAUGAUAAUAAACCAAUUGUAUGCAUUUUUAUUUAAA